AUGGUGACCACCAACAUCAGCAGCAGGGCGCCCAUGAGCAGAGAAAGGCUCACGGGCUCGGGCACCGGUGCCAUUGGCGGCGAGGUUUCGGGCUGGAAGAAAGGCUCCAUCGUUAGCCUCAAGAUGAAAAACUUUCUCGUGUACAAGGACGCCAAGGCCGUGUUUGGGCCACGCCUGAACAUGGUCGUGGGGCCGAACGGCUCGGGAAAGUCUACGCUCGUGUGCGCCAUUGCGCUCGGCCUGGGCGGUUCCCUCAAGGCGCGGGAUCUUCCUGCCUGGUGGGGGGCCCGCAUCGAAGCCACACGGCUCCAACUACGACUUUGA